AGCAACAGCCUGUAUGUAUAGAUGAAAUACACUGAGAUAGAAGACAGGACACUUACUAGAUCUACUGUAGACCUAAAUCACCCAAAAGACCUACGCCCAAACGCCUCAUACACAGGUUGUCCUAUCGAUACUGAGGACAAUGAAGACCCCCCUAUGGGCCCUGUUGCUGCUGUGUCUCUGUGUUCUGGGACACUGUAGUGACUGCCAGGAGGACUGCCUGGCCUGUAGCCACAUCCUACCCCAGGAGAUCAACUUUAACACACUGGUAUGUCUGGUGGAGUGUGACAGUAACGUCUCCCCUGCCUUCAUUUGGGACCUGUGUCGCAAGGUCUUGGCACCGCCACAGUUACCAUUCCUGUCCAUAGGGGGCGCUGACAUGCUGAAACGGGCCCAGGAGGAGGUGGAGGCCAUGCUGCCAGAGGAAGAAGAGGAACAGGGGGAUGAGGGGCUGAUGUACCCAGCAGCCCUGCAGAGGUUUGACCACGUGGCCCGUGCUCUGGGGACAGACGAGCUGGGCAGUGAGAGACAGCUAACCCUCGCCGAUGCUGCCUACAACUCCCAGCUGCCCCGGGAAAUGGAGGAAAUGGAUGAGGAAGAGGGGGAUAGCGCGACAGAGAAAGAGCAGGACGGACCGGCAGGGAUAAGUUUGUCAAAGCGCUUUGGGGGGUUCCUGAAGGGAAGGCACGGCUACAGGAAAUUGAUGGGCCCUGGAAGGCCCUUGCAGAAGCGCUACGGUGGGUUCAUAGGCGUCCGGAAAUCUGCCCGCAAGUGGAACAACCAGAAACGCUUCAGUGAGUUCCUGAAGCAGUACCUGGGCAUGAGCACCCGAGCCAGCAAGUCCUACAACAGUUACUCCACUGACAUCACCCAACAGAACGAGGUGUAGCCAUGCCCAAAGCAACCGUAUCCCUGCCAUAACCUAGCAAAACCCAGACCCUCCCCUAAAUAUUCAAAUCCGUCACCACGGUGGUGAUUAAACUUCUGUUCUGAACACAACCUCUCAUGAAAAUCCACACUGGAGCAUUAUAGAUUCAGUCUUGUAUAUUUCUCAUUGAUAGCGAUAUCAACAUAUCAUGAAGAAAAGCUAAAAAAAAAA